AAAAAAUGCAUAAACCCAACUGCACAUUGGGCAAUGCAGUUUUUCUACACACCCAAUAGCUUCAACCCCCCACCACCCUAUCACCACCCCCCUUCACCCCCUAACCUGAGAAAACCUUCUUCCUCCAGUUGCUCCUUCUGUGAAGCUGUUUUCUUGCCUUUUCUGUUUGUUAUCACUUUUUCUAAUUUUUCAAGUUCUCUUUUUUUUUUUCUCUCCCUUUUCUUGGAUUUGAUUUGACCCCUUCUAUCAUAGCUGAAUAUAGAGUAGAAUCUUGUGUGAAUGGGUGCUUCUGGAAAAUGGGUCAAAGCUCUGAUAGGAUUCAAGAAGCCUGAGAAAGAUGACCACCAUGAGAGGGUGAGUGGGAAGAGCAAGAAAUGGAGGCUAUGGAGGGGCUCAUCUGGGGAUCUUGGUGGGGGUUCUUCAUGGAAGGGAUUCAGAGGGAACCGCCAUUUGUAUGGUGGGUCUGAAGGCUCUGAUUCUUCAUCAGUCAACAAUGAUGCUUUCACAGCUGCAAUGGCCACAGUGGUGAGAGCUGCUCCCAAAGAUUUCAAGGCUGUGAGGCAAGAAUGGGCUGCUAUUAGGAUUCAAACUGCAUUUCGUGGCUUCUUGGCCAGGAGAGCAUUAAGGGCGUUGAAAGGCUUGGUGAGGCUUCAAGCUCUGGUUCGUGGUCGACAGGUGAGAAAGCAAGCCGCAGUUACUCUUAGGUGCAUGCAGGCCUUGGUAAGGGUACAAGCCCGGGUUAGAGCUCGUCGUGUUCGUAUGUCUCUCGAGGGGCAGGCUGUGCAGAAGAUGCUUGACGAGCACCGGGGCAUGGUUGAUUGCUUGAAAGAAGCUGAGGAAGGGUGGUGUAAUAGUAAAGGAACACUUGAAGAGGUUAAAGCUAAGAUACAAAUGAGGCAAGAGGGAGCUUUCAAGAGAGAAAGAGCACUUGUCUACUCUCUUGUUCAUAAGGAGAGAUCAAGCUCUGAUGCUCAGACAACCAUAUCUGUUCCCUCUUUCAAGAGUUGCAACUUGGACAAGAACAGCUGGGGAUGGAGCUGGUUAGAGCGAUGGAUGGCUGCUAGGCCUUGGGAGAACAGAUUGAUGGAGCAGAGGCAAACUGAUGCAACAGAAACGACCCCGAAGUCCAAGGUUUGCUUAGAUUACACCAAGGACAACCAUUCGAAGUCUUCUGAGCAGUGCUCGGUGAAAGUCAGGAAGAACAACGUCACCAAAAGGGUGUCAGCAAAACCUCCCUUGGUUGGCCAAGCCACGCGUUCCUCUUCAAGCCCAAGCUCUGAAUUUCGAUACGAUGAGAGUUCUGCUUCAUCCUCGCUCUGCACAUCCACGACUCCAAUCUCAGGAAACUCGGUGUCAGCAUCGGAUAAAACAGUAGAGAAAUGCAGCAGUAGGCCUAAUUAUAUGAACUUGACCCAAUCGACAAAGGCCAAGCAGCGAAAUAGCAGGUUUCUAAGACAGUCCAUGGAUGAGUUUCAGUUUCUUAACCUUCAGAAGUCGGGGGCUUUUAGUAACGGGGACUCCAAAAGCACUGCAGCUUCUGAGCUUUCGUCGGUGAACUUGACAAGGCCCCUUUGCCUACCUACUCGAAUGGAUAAAUUCUCAAAUUGAAGGGAUAAGGAGAAUUACUCUUAUGGGAGUGCAAGGAUGAACACAAUUCUUUGUUGUCUCUCAAAUGCUUUUUGAGAAACAAGUAUGCUUGAACUUGUCCUUGGAUACAAAUCUUUUGAGACAUUGAAAAUGUGCCCUAAGCUAGGAUUUUUCAUCUUGUAAAAUUGUGUAAGUUAUGAGUUUCAAGUGGAUCACUAUGCUCCACUUCUAUGUAUUUCCUUUUGAGUUUUAAAAUGUCUUGUGUC